AUGAAAUUCUCUGCUAGUGUUCUUCCAAUUGCCUUCAUCUCAGCUGCCAAUGCUGGUGUUUUACAAAAAAAGGACAUCGGUGACGAUAUAGCAUCUGUUUGGGGUGAUGCCACCAGUGGAAUUGCCUCUGUUGCUACCAAUGUUGCUACCCAUGUCACAUCUGUCUUCGAUGAUGCUACCUCUGUCGCAGAAAGUUUAGGUACCAGAGCUGCCUCUGGUAUCACCUCUGGCUUUGGUGAUGCUACUAGUGGUAUUGCCUCCGUUGCCACAAAUGCUGCCAGUCAUAUAACUUCUGGUUUUGGCGAUGCCACAUCUGCAGGCGAUAGUUUGUUUAGCAGAGCCACCAGUAGAGUUGCAAGCAGGAUCUCCGAGGAACAAAACGACAAUGAUGACGAGACCUCCACCACUUUGUCCACCUCUGUGGUGAGUGCCGGUGCUGCUUCUGUCUCUGCUUCUUCUGACUCCUCCAGCUCCAAUGGUGCCGGUGUGCUUUUUGCCAACCACUAUCAAAACGCUGGUAUCUCUUUGGCUAUCGUCGGUGGUUUCUUAGCCCUCUUAUAA